AUGUCGGACAUCGACACGACGACGUCAAACUCGACGACUAUCACAACAACCACGCUCAGCUCGAUAACGACAACGUUACCACCGCCAACAACAACAGUGGCCCCAACAACAGUUCCGCCUUCGUCGACCACACUGCGCACGACAACCGCACCCCCGCCUACGACAUCUUCAUUGAUACCAUCAAGUACGACAGCACCGCCAACCACACCGCCACCGUCGAGCUCAAGUCCCAGCUCAAUACCACCAUCGAGUUCCUCGUCAGAAUCCUCGAGUGAAAGACCAUCAUCGACAUUCACACCCGAGACCAUUGUCACCACAAGAACCUCUAUCUCAUAUGCUACCUUCAGCUCUGAAUCGACUUCAGUAUCGUCCUUCACCCAGGGCAAUGGCGCCAUUGGCUACACAACCAUUACCGAAGUCGUUAUCGCCUCCAGCGCAGCCGCCACGAUUACCAGCGCUUCGUCCUACACAACAACGCCCACGGCUCUUGCUGGCUCUGAUGGAGUGAACGCCUCUAGCGGACUAUCGACCGGGGCCAAGGCAGGCAUUGGAGCCGGCAUCGCCAUCGCAGUGGUCAUUGCUGCUGCGUUUGGGUUCUGGUACAGUUGGUUCCAGCGAAGGAAACGGAGGCGGAUAUCGUCGGACGAAUCGCAGUAUGCCCACAGCACCCUCCCAGCGAUGAGCUAUGGCUCUGGAGGUAGAGACUAUGGCGCCGGGUCUGCCCUUGGCGCAGGCCUGGGAUAUACAGACCGCUCAGAAACGAGAUCAGAAUUGCCCUCACCGCCAAUGGGUAGCCCAGACCCCUUGAUGGGUAACAGACCUAACGACAGAUUGUUCCCUGCCGCUGCGGGUCCAGUGUCCUGGGGCUCUUCGCAGCAGAACCCGUCGGACGCACAUUCAGUAUCCGAUUAUGGGGAUGCUACAAAAGCUGGAGCAGUGACCUCUGCAUACCCCGCAGAGCUCGGCGAGAAUGACCAUGUUGGUGCGCUUGCUGGGCGGACGCUAUCGAACGGAUCACAGCACAAUAACCGAGGAUCGAUGGGUCAAUCUCCUUACCCAGAUCAAGGCACAUUGCCUUCGCGCAACUUGAGCGGUCAUUCACGAACACUAUCGGACUCAUCUCACCAUGCUAGUGCCUAUCACAACUCGAUGGGCUCUGACAACCCAUAUGCCGCCGAGUUACAAGGUGGGCCAAACAACCAGGCUUCAGAACUGGAGGGCAACGGUAUGUCGCGGCGGAUGAGCUCCGAACGAAAGCCAUACAGACCUGGCCACUCAAGUCUCCUUUUCAAGAACAAUGGAAUGGAUCCGAGCCAGAACUUCUGA